CAAUAUUACACACACACGACGAACAUUCUCACCAUGGACAUGAUGACCAUCAUGGACAUGACGAUCAUGGACAUCAUGAGCAACACUUCUUUUCGAAGAGAUUGGGCUAAAGGUGGAAAAAUGGAUCCUGAAAUGUAUUAUGGUUUAACAACCAUUCAUGGAACAGUUUUAGUAUUCUUCGUAUUAACAGGAGGUUUGAGUGGUACAUUCAGUAACUUUUUAAUUCCUUUACAAAUUGGAGCUAGAGAUAUGGCAUCACCAUUUUUGAAUAUGCUUUCAUUUUGGUUUUUUGCAAUUGCUGGUGUUAUCAUGUUUUCUUCAUUGUAUAUUACAACAGGUCCUGCAUCUGGUGGUUGGACUACUUAUCCUCCUUUAAGUGCUUUAAAAGAAGCUUCUAUGGGUUCUGGUUUAGGUAUGGAUAUGUGGUUAAUUAGUAUGGCUAUGUUUAUUGUUUCUUCAUUACUUGGUGGUAUUAAUUAUAUAGUUACUAUAUUAAAUAUGAGAACCAAAGGGAUGACAAUGACUCGUUUACCAUUAACAAUUUGGGCAUUCUUAUUUACAGCAGUAUUAGGAGUUUUAUCUUUCCCUGUAUUAUUAUCAGCAGCAGUAUUAUUAUUAUUUGAUCGUCAUGCUGGAACAAGUUUCUAUUUAUCAGAAAUAUUUAUUGCAGGAAAAGCAUUACCAAACGUUGGAGGUUCUCCAAUUUUAUAUCAACAUUUAUUUUGGUUCUUAGGUCAUCCAGAAGUAUACAUUAUUAUGUUACCAGCAAUGGGUAUGGCUUCAGAAAUAUUAAGUACUCAUUCGAGAAAACCAAUUUUUGGAUAUUUAGCAAUGGUAUUAUCUAUUAUGGGUAUCACUGUUUUAGCUUUCUUGGUUUGGGCACAUCACAUGUUUGUAACUGGUAUGAGUCCGUUCUUAGGAGGUGUGUUUGUAUUAUUAACAUUGUUAAUUGCCAUUCCAUCAGCUGUAAAAGUAUUUAACUGGUUAACAACUAUUUGGAAAGGAAAUAUUCGUUUCACAGUUCCAAUGAUGUUUGCAUUAGGAUUUGUAUCUUUAUUUAUUUCUGGUGGUUUAACAGGUUUAUUUUUAGGAAACUCUGCAUUAGAUAUUCACUUACAUGAUACAUACUUCGUAAUUGCACAUUUCCAUAUUGUAAUGGGUAUUUCUGCAUUCUUUGGAAUGUUUGCUGGUAUCUAUCAUUGGUAUCCAAAAAUGUAUGGUCGCUUUAUGAAUAAUACAUUAGGAUAUGUUCAUUUCUUUGUAACAUUUAUUGGAGCAUAUGUAAUUUUCUGGCCAAUGCAUUAUGAAGGAGUUGCA